AAACUUUAUCUUAUCGAAGAAAUGAUCCAAUCUGCAUAGGAUUUCCCUAGUCUAUAAAAACCCCCCGCGUCAAUUAGAUAUCAUUCAUAAGCAUGUUUAAGCUAUUAGCGUUAGUUUUGCUGGCAGUUUCCGUUUGUUGGGGGCAAGAUGCGAAUCGGCCCAUUAUUACCACUACUGGAGGCCAAGUACAGGGAAUAACUGCCAGUUGUGGCUUAUUCUGCAGUUAUUUUCAAUUCAAUGGCAUACCGUAUGCAGAACCUCCAGUAUCCGAUCUGAGAUUCCGAAAUCCUGUGCCACAUCGUGGAUGGUCCGGCGUUCGAGAUGCUACUGAACAUGGGGACAACUGCCCAGCACUCAGUCCUCUUAGUGACCACUCUGGCAGUGAAGAUUGCUUGUUCAUCAAUGUGUAUACACAGAACAUUAUCGGUUCUCGGCCAGUUAUGGUGUGGAUUCAUGGAGGUGCCUUUGUGCUAGGUUCGGGAGAUUCUAGGAUGUAUGGACCAGAUCAUCUCGUCCAGGAAAAUGUAGUUGUCGUUUCCUUCAACUACCGGCUUGGUAUUCUGGGAUUCUUCAGCACUGGUGAUACACACGCACAAGGCAAUUGGGGUGCAAAAGAUUGUGUCGAGGCUCUGAGAUGGGUGCGCGACAAUAUUGCAGCUUUUGGUGGUGAUCCCAACAACGUGACAAUCUUUGGUGAAAGUGCAGGUGGAGUACUAGUACAUUAUCUAGUAUUAUCUCCAAUGGCGACCGGAUUAUUCCACAAGGCAAUCGCUCAAUCUGGAACUGCCUUAGUUCCAUGGGGAUUCCAGUACAACGUACGGGAAAUGGCACAUAGCAUUGCAGAUGCUUUCGGUUAUACUCACGAAAGUGAAGAACUCACUCGACUUCUGCGAUAUACUCCUAUAGGAGAUUUCAUAGCUCUUCAAAGAUCAAUGACCGAUAUCCCAAUUCCUCGUGGAUUUAAGCCUUUCGAAUAUGUCCCAAGUGCUGAACCAGUAAACUCUCCAGAGCCAACUUUCCUCACUCAACGCCCAAUUGAAAGUCUCCUCUCUGGAGCGUACAAUCACGUACCGAUGAUGAUAGGCUACACGAGUGCUGAAAGUCUUUUCAUGGUCCGCGAACAUCUUCUGGAUUCCACCGUUUGGAAUGAAUUCUCUCGCAAUCCACAAUUCUUUGUACCGCACUUUUGGAAUAUUCCGGCCAACACUCCAGAAUCAAGCGCAGUCAGUCAAGCAUUCCGUGAUUUCUAUUGGCAAGAUCGUUCCCUAGGACCAGACAUUAUGGUGGAAUGGACUCAAUUCCACACCGAUCAACAAUUUCUCUAUGCCGUCGAUAAAACGGUUGUCCUAACGGCCGAACGGAACACUCAACCCACAUACUAUUACAAGUUUAGUUUCGAAGGUGAUCUCAAUCUGAUGAAGCGAAUGCUGUUACUAACUGACUUCCCAGGAGCAGUCCACGCAGAUGAACUAGCCUAUCUGUGGUCCAUUACGAAUUUGCCUGUUUCACCUAUCCUACCAAGCAAUCCGGCAAACCUUGUUCGACAACGAAUGGUUCGGCUUUGGACCAAUUUUGCCAUCACUGGACAACCAACACCAAACUCGGAUACGAACCUGCAGAACAUCAAUUGGGCCCCAGUUCAGGGGAGCGACAUGACAUAUCUGGAUAUUGGAGAUAAUUUGAUAGUGACACAAAACCCCAACCAAGCACGCAUCAACCUGUGGAGAGAUUUGGAAGAUCGAUACGCUAAUGAUCCAUUCUUCUACCCCUACUCGUAACAGUCUUGGCAUGCAAUAAAGGUGAUAUAAUCAAUAGCA